GCGGUGGAGGCGGCGGCGGCCGCGGUGGUGGUACUGAUAUCGGAAGCAUAAUUGGAGGUAUUGGUAGCCUCAUCGGUGGAGGUGGCGGACAGUACGGUGGUGGAGGAGGAAACAUCAACCCAAAUCGAUUGAAUGGAGGAAUGGUGAACAUACUUGGAAAUCUCAUCGGUGAAGCCGCACAUCGUUUUCUUGGGGUCGAUCCAGCUACAGGGCGCAUUAUCGGAGCUGUUGCUGGAAAUGUGAUCAUGGGUCUUGGUGGUAAGGAUAAUUCGCUGGGUAAUAUUGGUAAAAUUAUCCUCGACAACAUUAUCUCCGGAAAGUUCAGGCGAGAUGUGAGCGAACUCAGCUGCGCUUUUUUUGAGGAUUUCUAUCCUUAUUUAUUCCGAUAUGCAGGUAGAGACCCGUUCGUUCGUCCGGAACCAAGACCAGAUCGCACCGGUGGAAUUACGCCAAUACAGCCAAUUCCUUCUCAUGCACCGCUUGACUUCUAUGAAGAACGUGACAAAUGCCUGCAGGAGAAACGCCUCUUUGAGGAUCCACACUUCCCUGCUCAGGACAGUUCGUUGUUCUACAGCAAAAGUCCUCCGAAACGAAUUGAAUGGCUCAGGCCUGGUGAAAUUGUCCGUGAUCCACAGCUUGAGUCAACUGAAGGCCAUUCGCGUUUCGAUGUGAUUCAAAACUCGGUGAUUGUUGGCUGCUUUGCUGCCGCUGCUAACCUCACCCUCAAGGAUGAGCUGUUCUAUCGUGUUGUACCGCCAGAUCAGUCGUUCACUGAGAAUUAUGCAGGUAUUUUCCAUUUCCAAUUCUGGCAAUAUGGUAAAUGGGUGGAUGUGGUGGUUGACGAUCGUCUACCAACAUCCAACGGCGAACUGUUGUACAUGCACUCUAAGAGUAACAACGAGCUGUAUGGCUCCUAUGAAGCUCUUAAAGGCGGUACCACAUCAGAAGCGCUUGAGGACAUGACUGGUGGUCUCACAGAGUUCUUCGAUCUCCUGCAACCACCAAGAAAUCUGAUGCAGAUGAUGAUGAGAGGAUUCGAGAUGGGUUCACUGUUUGGUUGUUCCAUCGAAGCUGAUCCCAACGUUUGGGAAGCUAAGCUGCCGAAUGGGCUUGUGAAGGGUCACGCGUAUUCGAUCACUGGAAUGCGUAUUGUGAAUGGGCCACGUGGCCAGGUGUGCCUGAUGAGAAUUCGAAAUCCAUGGGGAAAUGAACAAGAAUGGAAUGGUCCGUGGUCAGAUAAUUCGAGUGAGUGGCGCAGUCUUCCGGACAACGUGAAGCAAGACAUGGGCCUUAAGUUCGACCAUGAUGGAGAAUUCUGGAUGACGUUCGAGGAUUUCAUGAGGAACUUCGAGAAGAUGGAAAUUUGCAAUCUCGGACCCGAUGUCAUGGACGAAGUCUAUCAGAUGACCGGUGUGCGCACGGCUGGUAUGACCACCUUUGCGAAUAACCCUCAGUAUCGUGUGCAGCUCACCGAUUCUGAUCCAGACGACGAUGAUGAGUUGUGUACAGUGAUCUUCGCUGUAAUGCAGAAAUACAGACGAAAUCUAAAGGCUCAGGGCCUUGAUAACGUCCCAAUUGGAUUCGCGGUCUACGAUCUCACCGAUUCUGAUCCAGACGACGAUGAUGAGUUGUGUACAGUGAUCUUCGCUGUAAUGCAGAAAUACAGAAGAAAUCUAAAGGCUCAGGGCCUUGAUAACGUCCCAAUUGGAUUCGCGGUCUACGAUCUCACCGAUUCUGAUCCAGACGACGAUGAUGAGUUGUGUACAGUGAUCUUCGCUGUAAUGCAGAAAUACAGAAGAAAUCUAAAGGCUCAGGGCCUUGAUAACGUCCCAAUUGGAUUCGCGGUCUACGAUAUGACCGGUCGAUUCCGUGUGCCGCCAGGCAACUACGUGGUUGUUCCCUCAACAUUCGAACCAAAUGAGGAGGCUGAGUUCAUGCUGAGAAUUUAUACUAAUGGAUUUAUUGAGUCG